AGUGUUAGAGAUUAUAAACUAAUGGAGCGGUUCCCUAUUUGAAUUUAAAUCAUUGCUUCAAGCUUAACACUUCUCUGCCUCCUCUCUGCGCGUGCUCUUGGGCGAUCAUGACGAGCAGCUCCCAAAAGGAUCUCUUCUCGUCGGUGAUCUCCGAGAUCAAAAGCUACACUGGCGAUGACCCCCUCCGUCCAUGGGUUCGAGGCAUUCGGAAAAUUUACCAAUCUCUACCUCCUCAUGUUCUUAGCGAGAAACUUCCUCGAUUCCUUCAGAAGUGCGCACAGACCUUCGAAUCUGAUCGCCGGUACCGAAAUGAUUCCAGAUAUGUAGCUGUAUGGAUCCAAUUGAUGGAUUAUGUGGAAGAUGCAAGGGUCUUAUUGAGAAAGAUGGAGAAGAGUCAAAUUGGUGUGAAGCGGACUAAGUUCUACACCGCCUAUGCUCUAUACUAUGAGAAGAAGAAGAGAUUUGAGGAUUCGGAGAAGAUGUAUCAGUUGGGUGUUCAAAGGCUUGCAGAACCAGUGGGAGAAUUGCAGAAAUCAUAUGAUCAGUUUCUUCACCGGAUGAAGCUGCUCAAACAUCGAAGAGCUAGACUGGAAGAAGCGGCCAACAUUGGUGAAACGAGUACUAGUGGUCAUUCUCAAAAAACCUCAACCUCUAUUGAUCUUAAAAAUUACCAAAAGCAAGCUGAACAUGAAAAUUCAAUAAUCCAAUCAUUUUUUCCGGGCAAUUUAUCCACUAAACAGAAUGGAUUGGUCUCUUCCAGUGCAGAAAGCUUUUAUCAAACUGAGUCUGCGGAAGAAAAUUCUGGUUGUACAGGUUGUAAAAGUCUUGCUCGAUCUCAAUCAAUUCCCAUCAAUGAUCUAGAUAAAUCAGCUCCAUUCCACAGUGAUGAUGUGGGGUUGUCUCAAGUCGGUGAUGCUCGUCUUCACGGUCUAUCAGAUCCUGUCAUAAACACGAAGGAGGCCAUGAAUGUUAUUAAUGGUAUGUUUAAGGAGCCCCUGCAGCUAGAAACAAUCUCCAGGAAUUCAAAUCAGGUUAACCAAAAGCCAAAUCAGCGUGGAAAUACCAUUGAGGUGUUUGUUGAUGAAGAAAGGGAAGAAUCAGGAGAUGUUAAUCAGAACAUUAUUUAUAAAACCAGAUCUGUUUCUGUUAAGCCUGUGAAUUCAGAUUCCCAAAAGAGAAAUGGCAACACUGAGUUACAGACGCCAUUUGUUGGUUCUUUCAAGAUACUUGCUGAUGAUGAGGAUGACGAGGAUAGUGAUGACAAUGCUCAUGAAUAUUGCUCGGAGAUGGAAGAACCAAUGGAAAUAACAUGUCAACAUGCUUGGCCCACUUCUCAAACUAGCACUGAAACCAGAUUAAAUAGUUUUGACAUCAGAUUGAAAGAGGACACGGUCUUUCGGAGGCUGAAAGAGGAUACUGUUAUUCGAAAAAUUGUUGGGUCAAAAGUUUUUGAUGAGCCAAAGGUUGAAAAUGCAUGUCAUCAUGGUUUAGUGGAUCCAACGGUCAACCUCAAGCAAGCCAUAGAUGAUAUAAACGGCAUGUUCGGAAAGCCACUGAAUUUUUUCAAGGCUGGAAAGCCAAAGAAGCAAGAAAAAAUGUUUAGCAGGAAGUCAGAUAGCAGCAAGGAUGCAUUUUUUAUUUUAGCUGAUGACGACAUAGAGAAGGAUUUGAAUGGUCAAGCUCCACCAUGCAUUUCUCACAGUUCUAAUGUAGAAGUCAAUUUGUUUGAGCCAACUCUUUUCACUAAGGAAGCCAUGAAUGAAAUUAAUGACUUGUUUGGAAGAUCACUAGACUUCUAGCGAUAUGAAUCAUGAAUGUUUCCUACUACAGAGAGUUGCAUAGCUUAACAUCCAUGCUCUAGGAUUUCUAGUGUUCCGGGAGAACUAUGUGGAGGUUCAGAAGAUUGUUUGAUUGAUAUAUAUUUCUUUCACCCACAGGUGCGACAAUAGCUCUUCAUCCUUCUACAAUAACAACAACAUCAAGCCUUUGUCCCAUUAUGGGUAAAGUAUUCAUGUCAUAAUUAUUCGACAAGUUUUAUGUUGGUUGUUGACUACAUAACGCAACACUCCAUUUUUCUCAUCCAGAAUUUGGAGGCUGGCAAUGAUAGUGUUAGCUUAUUCAUCAUUCAGUAAGUUUAGUUUUUUUUUUUUUUUUUGCAAUCCCUCCUUUUCUGAAGGCUUGGUAACUGGUCUAGUUUGUAUGAUUUGCAAGCUAUAAGAAAUCAGAUUUGUUGUUCUCUCUUAA